CUGGGGGGCGCGUCUGUAGAGGAAAGCGGGUUUCAAUUUCAAACCUAACUAAUCCGGAGGGCGAGCUAGCGUUUAUACAAACUAGUCAAUAUACCUUGCUAAUUUGUAGAAAUUUAUUGAAAAUAGAAGCACAGCCUUUGUCGUUCGGCCGCGGUUUGUUUUCGUAGCUCUUCAUUCAAAGAAGAAGAGGGGGCGAACCGCUCGCUGCGUCUUCGCUCCAAUUUUUCCGCGCUUGGUUUGUUUAUUUGGAUGUCGGCUCGACGCUUGGAUUAGUUUUUUGUUGUAGAAGGUGGCAGCAAGGGAUUUUAGGCUAAAAAAUAUAUAUUUGUUGUAACACAUCUCUUACAUUGAAUCUGAAUCAUGCCGAGGACCAACAGGCAAAAGGAAUACAAACCUGGAGACCUGGUGUUUGCUAAAAUGAAGGGAUAUCCACACUGGCCUGCAAGGAUCGACGAGUUACCAGAAGGAGCCGUCAAAUCGCCCUCAAACAAAUAUCAAGUGUUCUUUUUUGGAACACAUGAGACGGCUUUCCUCGGAGCCAAGGAUCUCUUCCCAUAUGAGGAGUGCAAGGAGAAGUUUGGAAAACCAAAUAAGAGGAAAGGCUUUGCUGAGGGACUCUGGGAAAUCGAGAACAACCCCACUGUCACUCAUGAAGGAUACGAGUCUGCAAAGAAGGACAACUCAUCAGAAGCUGCUGAAGACACAGGCAGCUCGGAGAAAGCCAAUGCCGAGGGCAGCAGCGACGAAGAUGAAGGGACCCUGGUUAUCGACGAGAAGAACGAGAAGGGGGGGACUAAGCGAAAAGCAGAGGAGUCCACAGAGGACUCUCCCAAACGGCCAAAGGAUACAGAGGCAGAGGGGGACAAAUCCAACACCGAUGCCAAGCUGAAUGAUGUGGAUAAAACUAAGGCCACAGCACCUUCCUCACAGAGUGAGUCGAAACCAGAAGGCCAGGAGAACGCUCCACCAGAGGCCCAGCUAACAGCGGAAAAGCCUGUGACAGACAGCGCUUAACAUCUACUCAAAAGAAAACCAACAGCCCUCAAUGCUUUUCUCUGGAAUUCAGGCAUCGACAGAAAUACUAGUAGGAUGCCGUAUUUCAGCGGUUUAAUUAAUGAGCAAGCUACGUGAGAAAACAAACAAAAAAAACAAAACAUGUUUGUAUUAAGAGACAAACAAAUUUCCAUUUGUCAAUUUUGGGAUGUUCUAUAUCCCAGAAACAAAAACAAAUCUAACAUUCGUUGAUCGGUCUUCAAACAAUUGAGCUGAGUGUUUUUAAGCUCUUGUGCAAACAGGAUUUGGAUGUUUAUAUAUUUUUUAUUUCCAAGUGCAAUUACAUAAUUACAAAGACUGAAUAAUAGGUGUCAAAAACUUUUGUUUUCAGUUUGAGGGAAUAAAUAAACUUAAUAUAUACUGCAUUUAUCACAAAAGAAGAUCUAAAUCCCAAACAUGUCUUUGAGAACUACUCCCAAAUAAUGGGUUUUAAAACAUAAUGUACAGAAUAAUGGAACACAUUUUCACACAAAACGCUCAGCUUUAGUUUAUAACCAUUUCACCCCCAUUUGUAUCAACCCGCUUCUCAGCCUGACUAGGCCCUUUAUUCAGUCAUUGAAUGCAUGGUAAGUUGCACUUUCAGUCCAAUUGUUUGCUCUUGUUAUUAGCAACACCAGUUUUGUUGCUCUGGUGUGAAUGCUUCACUGUAGAGCAACAAAUUGUGUAGCUAAUCUCUAAAUUUUCUCAUACGUGGACCUCUUGGUUUUCAAAGACAUCGAUCCUGCAAAUUGUGUUUAAUUACCGACUGCAAAGGAAGGCCUUGUAACUGUCCAAGCUGAUGGUAGAAAGCAGAAAGACAUUCCUGAGUGUUGUCUCAGCUUGACCUUGAAAUGUUAAGGUGGAGCGGUACAGAUAGCUGCAAGGGUGGAAGAGUUUCUUACCACAUCUGGAUGAAACCCAUCAACUCAAAACACAAUCUCUGGUUACAUUUGCCCAAACAUGUCACUGAUAUUCGUUGCAUUGAUAUUUUUUUUCUCCUAAGUGAUCAAGGUGUGUCCAUCACAGUUUGUUGAAUUUGUAAAAAAAGAUUUUUUUUUUUUUUUUUUGCCCAAUCUUGUAACUGGAAUACAAGUCAUUUUACUUCAGUGGUCUUAUUGUUUUCACUGUGAUAUAAAGUUGUGGAUGUGAUUGUUCUUUCAUUGUUUCGGUGUUUUUUCAACCGUAUAGCGGUGUUAGCUUCAAGUUUAUCAAGUCAUCGAAAAAAAGGGAAAUUCCUCAAAAGAAAAAAAAAUGAUGAUGAAACCUUUCCUCCACUUGAUUUCAGAAUACAUUUGUUUUCAAGCGUCAUGUUUUCCUUUUGUUUUUGUUUCUUUGCUUUUUGUUUUCUUUUAGAUGCUGACAUUCAUCUUAAGCUGCUGCUUAGUUUGCCAUUGUAGUUGCAAGUCAAUUUAAUAAACAUGUUGAUUACCAAA